UACAUUGGCCUGCUCCCAGAGAAAUUCUAGUGAAAUUUAUAGAAUUGCAAACUUUUAUUUUUUAUUUUUUUUAUUCAGUUUAAUUUUAAUUUUUGAAGAGUUUGCACCAAAGUGUCCAAUUUAAAUUUGAUAAAAAAUGUAUUCGAGAAAUGCUUUCCUUCAUCGAUUUAUUUAUUCAUGCAAAAUCAACUACAGAAAUAUUCAUAAUGAUCAACUCCUUUCAAGUUCAGAACAAUUCGAAAAUUUUGUACCAAGACAACGAUUCGAACUUCCUGUGAAAUUUGAUCGGAAAGAUUGGUAUCCAAAACAUAUGCAUAUUCAAAUGAAAGUAAUGGAAGGGAAGCUUCGAACAGUUGACUUGAUCUUGGAAGUUCAUGACUCACGAGUGGCUCUCUCAGGAAGGAACUCAAAUUUUGCUCAAAAAUUGUUUUCAGUAAGACCACAUAUUUUAGUAAUGAAUAAAAAGGAUUUAAUCGAUCAGGAAAGAUACAGAGAACAAAUAGAGAAACAUUACAAUUAUCAAGGUGUUGAAAACAUUUUUUGGACAGAUUGCACAAAGCGUGUGGAUUCACAAUGGGAUGCUUUAAGAGAAAAAAUGUUGGAAUUAUUACAAAAAGAACUUCGAUUUAAUAGAACGGUUAAAACAGAAUAUCAAGUAAUGGUUAUUGGAAUUCCAAAUGUUGGUAAAUCUUCUCUAAUUAAUGCUUUUAGGAAAAAUAAUUUGGGAUAUGAAAAGGCCCAUGCUGAAGGUCCUUUUCCUGGUGUCACUACAAGAGUUCAAAAUCGUGUUAGGAUAUGGCAAGCCACAACCCAGAAAGUCAACACCCAGGAGGUCAAAUGCCCAAAAGGUCAAGGAUUCAUUGUGAUAAGGUGGAAGAAAGGACACAAAACGGAACUGUCUGAUGAGGCAAAUGGAAAUAGGCAAACGCACAAAGAUUUUUCUUAUUUAAAUCAAUUAAAAAUGGAAGAGCCAGUUGAUGAUAUUAGACAAGCAUUAAUCCAGUGUUGCAAAGCAUUCAAUUUACGAGUAAAAUCAAGUGUGUUCCAAACAACUGAAACAAAUAAGGAUCUUUGGGAUGUUUUUGGAGCUAGCACACAUUUUUUAAAACUUUUUAGAAAUGGGCAUUUUAAUGAUAAUUUUUUGGAUAGAGAUUUACUUGGCUUCCAUGAUUCUCGAACUUGUUUAUCUUCGUCCAGAAAUACAAAGAAAAUGAAAAAAAUGUGA